UGUCUUCCCUUGCAGUAUGCACUUUAUAAGAGGAUGACUUUAGCAGCCAUCCUGAUCCAGAGUCGUUUCCGGAGUUUCCACGAACAGAGGAAGUUCCAGCAGAGCCGUAGAGCAGCGGUCCUCAUCCAGCAAUACUACCGCUCCUACAAGCACUCCCUCAGCAGCCUCCUAACUAAAAAACAGAACCAGGCUGCUCGUAAGAUCCUGAGGUUCCUGCUCCGCUGCCGCCACAGCCCCUUGAUGGACCACAGGCCUCUGAAACAGGUGAGUCCCCACUUGCUCCCUCUCUUUCAGAGGCUGAUGCCUGUUUGCAUGACAGCGGAAGGAGAGGGAGAGGUAGAGGAGUUCCUGGAUCAUUAUCACCAUUUAUGUCUUUCCCUAUCUCUCUCCGUCUCCCUCUAAGGACUGUCGAACGAUGACAAUAAAUGUGCAUGACUGACAGAUAGAGAAGCGAGUCUUGCAUAUGGUCUUCUUGGGGGCAUGAUCUGAUUAUCACCAGGGGACUUUCAGGGUUGCUUGGCAUGCAGAUUUUUGUGUGCCUUGAUGGAUGGGGCUGAUAUAGAGGAUUUGAGAGUGUAUGUACGCCUAUGAAGGAUGUGAACUGAAGGAGGUUUUGUCAAAUAACUGCCCCUUUCUCUCUGACUGACAUUUGGGGAUGAAAUCAAAAAGAAAGGGCCUUGCAGUAGUAUUUUUGCACCUCGUACGUUUUCACAUUGUGUUCGACUAAAACGAAAUUCAAUAUAUUUUUAUCAGGAUUUUAUGUGAUAGACAAACAAAAAGUAUCCAAAUGAAAACAUGAAAAGUGUGCCAACAAUGUUUUUUUUUUUGUUUGUUUAUUAGUGAACAUUAGUGAGCAAACAGCGUCACUAAAACCAAAGGAAAAAGUGUCAAGGAGAGAGCCAUGUUGGAAAGAAAGUGAUGAGCCUUGUGGAGGACACAGCAAAUAAGGUGUUGAUACACGUUGGUGGCAGCAUCACGCUGUGGGGAAGCUUAUACCUUUAGCAGGGACGGUUAGGCUAUUUCAAUGGAAGGUGAAAAAUACAAAUCCAGGAAGAGGAUACGGUAGAGGCUGCAAACGAGCUGAGACUGGAGCGAAGGUUUGCCUUCCAGCAGGAUAAACAAUGCACAGCCUGAGCUGCAGUGGAAAUGUUCAGACAAAAGCUUAUUCGUGUGUUUGGAUGGAAGCGUUAAAGCCCAGACCCAAACACAAACGAAGGUUUGAGACGAGACUGUUCGCAGAUGCCCUUCGUCCCACCUGGCUGAGCUUGAGCCAUUUAACCAAGAAGAACGGGCCGAAGAUUUAGUUUUGGAUGUGCAGCUCUGGUAUGUGCCCAGAACCUGCAGCUGUAUUUGCAACAGAAAACGGUCCUAUUAACUCCGGGAGGCGUGAUACAAAUGCACGCUACACUUUUCAAGUUUUCUAUUUAUAAAAAAAUAUAUAUAUAUAUAUUAUGCAUUACUUUGUGUUUUCUAUCACAUUGAAUCCCGUUGAAAUACAUUGAAGUUUAUGGCUGUAAUGUGGCAGAAUGCGAUAUGAAUAGUUUUACCAGGCACUUGAUACACUUAGACCUUCUUGUUAAUUUUUAACCCUGAUUGUUUCUAAUGUGUG